CGGCUGCUCGGACCCCUGCGUGCAACCGCGAUGGCGCCCUUGAGUGGCGGGGGCGGCGGUGCGGGACGCUGCUCGGCUCCGUGUCGCUGCGGGCUGUGAUGGGCGUUGCCCCCCCCUCCCCCACCCCGGCAGUGCGGGCGAGCGGCGGCCGGCAGGGCUUGUGCGGCGUUUGAGCCGGGCGGGGCGGGGCGGGGCGCGCAGAGACGGGCUCCUCACUCGGCGUGCUUGGUGCGGAUGAAGGCUGGCCAGUAGGACUUGGGAUUCUUGGCUAUCAACUCCGUUCGUGUCUGCAAGGGGCGCUUUAAAAACCUCCAAGUCGGUGUCCUGUUUUGCACACUUGGCUUCUGCCAUCGAUGCUGGCAUUUUACUUCCAAGCCAGUGGGUUUGGCACACUUGCUGUCAGGCUUUGUCACUUCCGUUUAGAGGAGUAGCAAUAGUCCGGUUUUCUGACGGGUUCGAAUAGAUUUGAGAUGUAAGUUUUGACUUCGUAGCUUUAAGCGUGCACACUUCUGAAACCCCUUCGUUUCCUUUCAGUGAUUAAAACGCAGGGUCUCUGGAUAAGCGUGGGGGGGCAGGAGUAGUUGUAGGACCAGGGUUGCCAGAGGGGUGCCCGUCCCCGUGCUGGGUAGGAGAGGACAGGGCACAGGGGAUUGCAAAGCUGGCCCGCAGGCUCUACAAAUAUCCCAUGUAGGUUUCUUUCAUUUCAGCCUUGCCUCAGACUGCGGGGUGAGAGAUCCUGUGUGUUAGACUAUAGCAGGGCUUCGGUAGUCUUCCCCCGUGGCUGCUGCGGAGUACGAAGCUCUUGCAGCACAAUGACACCGAGACACGGGCAGCAAGUCACAAAGAGACCUCUCUGACCUUGCAAAGACACGCAUGCCCGAACAGUUCAGCGGGGGCCACUUUCCCGCGUUUUGUUUUGCCCCCUGUGAGGAGCAAAAGCACUGCUGUCUCUGGGAUCCCGCUUGGUGGUUUAUUCUGUCUAUUCUGCACGAAAGGAGCCGUCACUGAAUGUUUUCAGCUAAAAUGUAUUGUACUCUUACAAGCGUAAUAAAAUAUGGACAUACAUGGCUGCGGAGACUGUUAUUGUAGCGCUACAACUUGUUGUGAAGCAUUUCCAGCUGCUCCACUUGUGCAUAUUUUCAAACAGGCAGGAUCUUUUGAAGACGACACCUCACGUUAUAUUAUUAAAAUGGCUAUCCAUACAAGGCUGAGUGUAAAAAUGAAAAUGCUGACAGGUUCAAGCAGGACAGUUUCAGGAAUGUAUGACUUGAGAGAGGCAGCCAGACAGACAAUCCAAAUGCUUCAGUUGGCAGGAUGAAGUGAUAUGCUAAUGUAAGAGAAAAGGUGGGUGUACAAUGGCAAGGAAAUAAAUACCCGUUAAAGAGGUGGGAGGUCUAGGACAGCGGUUCUCAACUUUUUUUGUACCGGGACCUAUUUAUGAAGAUCAGUGGCCAGUGCUGACCUGCUUUCCCCCAGCCCUGCUAAAGGGAGCCCCCAGCUGCCCCUGUGCCAUCCGGGCCAAAGUCCCGCAGUUCAUGCGGAUUUCAGCGGAGAGAGUCCGCUGUGGCAGCCCCCCCUGCCCUGGUCUGGGGCUGCCAUGCCUCACCAGGCAGCCUGGUCGCGGUCCUUCCAGCCCGUCCCCCAGCAGCGUCUCCCAGUUGCUGUGCCCGUACAAGUAUGAGCACCAGCUCAAGUGCCACCAGCCCAGCUAUGCAGCUCCCCCGAUGCCUCCCUCUCUUGCUGAAGGGGCAGGCGCCUACCCCUCCCGUCCCCCCUGCCCUGAUGCAGCCUCGGCGCCCGGCUAUCUUCCCCCAUAUCUGGCAGGUACCCAUCCCCCCUGCCCCCCACACACACACACACACACACACAGAUUGAGAGAGAGAGAGUCCCCAAGUCCCGGACCUCCAACCCCCACUGAUCAUACACUUAACUGCAUCCAGCUAUUGGUGCUUCUCCCAGGACCCUGCCUGGGUGCAUGCAGGCCAUGUGGAUGUGUGUGCAGAGACACGUGUGCCUGCUACCUCCAGUCACCCAAAGCAGUGACUUGCAGGCAGGCUGGAAUGAAGGUUAUGUGUAUGGGGAAUGACAAGCUAGAUGUGUGUGGAAUUAAGGGCUAGCUCGGAAGAAGAUGACGUUGGGAGAGAUCGGGGGUGGAGGGGAAGAGGUGGAUUCUUUGCUAGUGAGCUUUCCUGGGAGUCAGGCAGCGUGGGAUAGCUAGAAUCUUCCUGCUAGCCCUGCUGCAAGUGUUCGGAUUCAAUGCUUGCAAGCAUAAUAUUGUUAUAGCGUUUUGAUGAUAGCGUUAGAGCACGGGUGCUCAACCUCUGGUCCUUGAGCCAAUUGCAGCCUGUGGAGCUAUGAUACCUGCGUACUGCUUGCAUAUGGAUUGGGCACUGUCCAUCCGUCUCACCAGACAAAAAGGUUGAGCACUCUUUGUUAAGAGUGGUGUUUUAGCUGUGAUGAUCCAGGAAGUAUGCAAAAGGCAAGGAUUUUUUGGGUGUGGUGACUUUUACUGGACCAACUGCAUGGUUGGAAUUAAAUUACUCUUCAAUGUCUUCAUCAGCGACUUGGACGAGGGAGUGAAGUGUACUCUGUCCAAGUUUGCAGAUAACACAAAACUGUGGGGAGGAGUGGACACGCCGGAGGGCAGGGAACAACUACAAGCAGACCUGGACAGGUUGGACAAAUGGGCAGAAAACAACAGAAUGCAGUUCAACAAGGGGAAAUGCAAAGUGCUGCGCCUAGGGAGGAAAAAUCUCCAGCAUACCUACUGCCUGGGAAAUGACCUGCUUGGUGGCACGGAAGCGGAAAGGGAUCUCGGAGUCCUAGUAGACUCCAAGAUGAACAUGAGUCGGCAGUGUGACGGAGCCAUUAGAAAAGCCAAUGGCACUUUAUCGUGCAUCAGCAGAUGCAUGACGAAUAGGUCCAAGGAGGUGAUACUUCCCCUCUAUCGGGCGCUGGUCAGACCGCAGUUGGAGUACUGCGUGCAAUUCUGGGCGCCACACUUCAAGAGGGAUGCGGAUAACCUGGAGAGUCCAGAGAUGGGCCACUCGUAUGGUUAAGGGCUUGCGGACCAAGCCCUACGAGGAGAGACUAGAGAACCUGGACCUUUUCAGCCUCUGCAAGAGAAGGUUGAGAGGCGACCUUGUGGCUGCCUGUAAGUUCACCACGGGGGCACAGAAGGGAAUUGGUGAGGAUUUAUUCACCAAGGCGCCCCCAGGGGUUACAAGAAACAAUGGCCACAAGGUAGCAGAGAGCAGAUUUAGAUUGGACAUCAGGAAGAAUUUCUUCACAGUUCGAGUGGCCAAGGUCUGGAACGGGCUCCCAAGGGAGGUGGUGCUCUCCCCUACCCUGGGGGUCUUCAAGAGGAGGUUAGAUGGGCAUCUAGCUGGGGUCAUCUGAACCCAGCACGCUUUCCUGCCUAUGCAGGGGGUUGGACUCGAUCUAUUGAGGUCCCUUCCGACCCGAACAUCUAUGAAUCUAUGAACUGUUGUUAUUUUUGUUGCUGUGGUUGUGACGUUUGCUGGCAGGUCCUGAACUGACGAGUUCUGCGAAGCUUCGAGGCCCCCAAAAGUCAGUUUCUGAACUGGCGUUAUCGCCGACAGCGCUGAGCAUUUCACGGGCCCCGCUUACCGUGCUGGCAAUGCUACGGUAUUUGCAGCAUACAGGGAGACUGACAGGCUCGCGUUCUGUUGAAGACUUCUGACUGUCAGUUUCAGCCGUGUAUUUAACGUGCACUUUGUUGACACCGCCUUCCAGCAAGCGCAGGGUCCCUGUGUGGGGUCGGUCCCUUGCUCGAGUCGCGCGUGCUCCUGGAGGAAGUAGGGCCGGGCAGAGGAGAGGGCGGGCGGCCAGAGGCACGUCCCCUUGCCAGGGGAGGGUUCAAGUCAGGAUGUCGUCAUCACGUUGGGGCGUUGCGCUGCCUUCAUUCAGAUCCUCCGUGUCUCUGUCUCCGUCUCGUCUCUUCUCCUCACGCAGCCAGCCAGGAGGCGAGAGGCGGGGAAGCGUUGAGGGGAUACCUCCUAUUUUAAUGGGCAAGUCAUCCCCAGCCUGUCGUCUAGCAGCCUGCCUGGGGUCGCCAAUAGUGCAAGGAUGGUGACAACUUUCACCACCAUCCACCUGUUCCUGCUCCUAACUCAAGCAACACCAGAGCCGAGCGCUGAGGAGGACCCGCUACAUCGGAACUCUGUGCUCCGGAUGAUUGAAAUCUGGGCGAAUGCCACCGGCCCACAUCCAGAGGGGGUAACCGCUUGCAUCCCGAAGCCUGCAGCAAUCGAGGACAAUGUUCUAGAGGCGUAUGUUACUCCCCUUAAUAUCGCAAAAUGGUUUUCAGAGGUACGAGGACCAUUGUGCGGAACCUCUAUUUGUAGAGUCAGUGGUCCCAUACCUUGCCCAGGUUGCCAAGUAGUUUCUUUUCCCGACUAUACACGCAUAAGAGGGAAUAAAAUGGCGGCGUACUACUGGCCGUCAGGUCAGAUAACGGAGAAAAACAUCUCUAGCCUAAACUGUAGGAGUUGGGGACUAGGGAGUAACAAAGCAGAGCCAACUGAUUGUCAUCGUAUCCCCUGGGGGGCUCGAAAGUGGGGCACCGACGAAGAUCAAGUGCAAUUCCUACCAUGGCAAGCCCAUAGUCUCCAACCUUCAUGGUUCCUUUUCCUUAAUAGCACUCCCAUGCCAGAGGGAGGGUGGAAUGUAAGCAGAGGGGUAAAUCUCACUAUUUUCCACGGGACACAUCAGCUGUUAAGUGCCUUCUUCCCAUUGAGACAAGCGGAAGUGCGGCAUUUAGAAAGCCGCAACCUAACGCACCCCUACUGCACACCUAAAAUCCAGGCCCUUUGGUGCCGUAGAAAGGGGCUACCGACCAACGCACCCCGAGGACUCACGUGGGCAUGUAACAACGAUGUACUAUAUACUGCUCUACCUGCUCGCUUUGAUGGGGCUUGCUUUAUUGCCAGCGUAGAACUCCGCCCACCUCUUGCUACAAACACUUCCAACCCAUACCCUCCCUGGUUCGCACACACUGAGGCCAGGGGAAAACGCUCCGCUACCACUUGGUCCAGAAUGACCUAUAGCCAACAAGUAGGCAAACGUUUUGAAUGGGCAAUGGAAGGGUUGUUCCUUUGGUAUGUAGGAAUCAUGAGAGCUCGGGAGGCCAUUGUAAAAUUAGCAGAGGAAGUAGAAAUAGGCUUCAAUGCCACCAAUGAAGCUCUAUUCCUGCUAAACAAGCAGUUACAAGAAACCUCAAGGAUGACUAUGCAAAAUCGACUUGCCCUCGAUGCUAUGUUACUUCAUAAUGGAGGAGCAUGCAAAUACCUAAAUUUAUCUGAUGAGUAUCGCUGUAUUUCAAUUCCUAAUGUGACCGUACCGCUUACGGCUCAACUGGAGUUAAUUAAAAAGGCCGCUAAAGGUGCUAAUGCCAUAGCGAAAGUAAGCAGUGGUUGGCCCGCGGACCUUUUUUUCCAGUUUUGGUGGGAGUUUUUCCUCGUUAGCAAUGUGCAUACUCGCCCCAUUAUUAACCCUGUGAAUACCUCUAUUCAGUUGUUUAUUGUGUGUUUGCGUAGGAUGUUGUGUCGUUGAUUCAGUCAAAAAGAAAGCCACAACAAUAUCAGCCUUAGUCUACGCUCAAAUACCUAAUCCUUCCGAAGACAAGGACUUUGAGUAUGUGUCUAUGACCAGUAUUAAAUAAAUUAAUGAUGUAUUCGUGUUCAAUCAUAUAACAAUCUGGCAGUAGUCAAGGGGGCAUGUCAGGAGGUGAUGUGACUCCACCAGAUUGCUGUUUGAGACAUUAAGUGACAUGGCUACCUGUGAGUGACAUUCGGUGACGCAGUGGCGGAGGAAUGUGACCUUAAGAGGCACCAUCAUGCGGACAAUGCGUGAUCGCUUAUAGCCUAACCGAUCAGAAGUUACCCCUAGAGCGUGGCUGGCUGGACCAGCAUGCUGAGGCCUCCAGAAUGUUCCAUCAAGGGGGGACCCUGAUUGGCUAGGGAGUUUAUAAAGGGGACUGCGCGCCUCGGCGUGGGGUCCCCAGACGCUCCCAGACUCCGGUCCUUGGGAUCUGAUCUCAAAGACAGCCUGAUCACCCGUCUUGCGGUCUGGACAGACCCCUCGGCUUCUAGCUAGAUUUCUAGCGUAGGCUGCUGCAGCUUACAGUUAGACCACACGCAAUCCGGAACGCCCUGGGUGUUGCCCAGCCAGGCAUCCUACUUGUACUGCUAUUACUUUCGGCUGCAGUCGACCUCCACGACUACACCUUACUUGUCACUCGCCGCUACCAUCAUUUGUUCGUCUUUUCUACCCGCACCACAUCGUCUGUAUCCACCUGCUACUGUAAAUAGUCCUUGUAAUUAGUUCCCGUAUUCACCAAGUUACUUCAACUCGUUAAUCAUCUUGUUGGCUUGUAAGUAAACUUAUAACUUUUCUUCACCUAC